AUGUCAAUGUUCAAGAGUUAUAGAACUGUUGCUGCUAAAACACUAGUAAUGGCAGAUCGGGAGAGCUACUAUCCGUGCCUCGUUGAGGAUGAAGCAAAAAAUAGAGUGAACCGAAGGGAGCUCGUCAAGCAGUUGAGACAACUUCGUAACCACAUAAAAUCUGUAUACUACGAUACCGAUAGCAUCAUACAAGAACUGAAAACUAAUGUUGAAGAUUCUGCGCUGAACGCAGAAAUCCGUAGCCGAUACGUAAAAAGUUGGCAACGUGCCCGCACCGAACAGAAUAAUGAAACGAUCAGAGUCAAGGAGAGUCAACCCCUAGGGCAAAUAGAAUACUAUAAACAAAGAAGUGAGCAUGAACACAGAGUACACACUGAAAUCGACUUACUCAUCAAUAUCACAAUCAAUGAAACUCUUGCAAAGGUGGACUCGUGGAUGAGUAAGUACGACAAAGAUAUUGAAGCGAUGGACCUCAAGAUACAGAUCAUGAAAAAUAAUUAUGAUAUGAUGCUUGAAAAAAGAAAAAACUUGGAAAAGACGGUAGUUAAUUCUAUUAACGUUACUUUGAAACAAAUAUUAUUUAUUUGUAGAAAUAUUUAACUGUACCGACUAGAGAUAAAACGGAUAGAGGUUUGGAACAUCGGAUAUACGGUCGUUUAUCGCUUUACAUGACAUCCAUCCAUCAGUUUGAUUUUAAUAUAGGCGCUGUGUGAUGAACUCGAAAAUAUUCGGGUGCGUUGAAAGAAGAUAAAACUACAACUUCAUUUCUUGCCUUUGUUGAUCGAGGAACACGCAAUGCUUAUCAAGAAUUGGGUGGACUUUAAAGAUGCGCGUGAGAAGGCGCGCCUCUACCGGGAGAAAAUGACGAACGCAGCCAUAUCAGUCCAAGCCUGGUGGAGAGGCUUACUGGUCAGAAACCAGUUAGGACCGUAUAAGCCGGCGCCGAAAAAGAAGGGUGCACCUGGUGAAAAAGACAAAGGCAAAAAGAAGAAAUGAUAACACUAAUGCAAUGUACGGACCGUACAAUACUGAUUAGGGGUCGUCCAUAAAUUACGUCACACAAAAUUCAUGAUUUUUAACCCCUCCUGUCACAUGUUUGUCUGUAUUAAUUCUACUAAAUAUAACGUGUGACGUAAUUUAUGGAUGGCCCCUUAGGUAUAUUUGAGUAGGCACUUGUUAAUGUUCUGUAUGACCAAUAGAUAAAAAUAUAAACAUUAG